UUAGUUCAGUCGCGUGUGUGCAUCGCUUCGAGUCGGUGGUCGGUGGACGCUGGACGGUGGUCGUUGGUCGUUGGUCGUUGGUCGGCGGCUUGUGGCUAUAUAGCGCAUCUAUCAUGUGAUUAAAAUCGGUCCGGCAUCCGAGAAGACAACAUCUGUAUUCGCGCACGUAUCGGCAUCGCCAAGCUAUAGCUAUAGCCACACUGACUCACCGCGACCGCCGGACGGACAGUGGAAUCAACUGUUUUCGGGGGCGGUACGAUGGCGAUGAUGGCAGCGCUUGCCUCGCUCUUUCUGCUCGUCACGCUGGCCAGCUCAGCCCGUGCCAUUACCUGCUACGAAUGUGAUUCCGUCAAUAAUCCAGGGUGUGGGGAGCGAUUUGUGGGCGAUGACAUAUCCACGACGGAUUGCGAUGUGGUGGCGAACAUGCGAUCCCUGGGAGCGGAGGCCACUUGCCUCACCAAGUACCACGAGGGAAGUGAGUAUACCGACGCCAGGAGACACGCGCUUCGUGAGGCGCUCCUGCUACUUUUUCGAUGCCUCCCCAACAGGCAUCAGUUGCGACGAUGGACCAGAUCCUGUGGUGCCCUUUAUGAACUUCCUGGGCUGCGCACUCUGCGAUACGGAUUUGUGCAACGCAGCCGCUGGAUUAUCCACAACACCCUUGGUCAUUGUCCUCUCGGUACUCGGACUGCUUGUCCUCCCGGCUACCUAAGGAAAAGGAGUUCCGUGGAACGGCGGCGGUCGUAUUUCAAUGUUUCCUAUUAAAAGUAAUAUACUCCAGUAUUGUAUAAAAGAUUUUUGUUUUCUUGGUCAACUAACUAACCGGACUUAAUAUACUCAUGCAAAGGGCGCAGCAGAAGAGCGACCCAAAGUUUAACCUUAUAUUCUUACUUCUCUAAGGGAAAUUGUUUAAGUUAUAAAAAGCCUACUGAAUAUGUAAUACAUUUACCUUGAAGCCCACAGAAGAAUCAAA